CAGCAACACAAAUGCGGAAAGAGCAAAUCUGGAAUAUUUCAAGUUUUCAGUGGACAUUGAUACUUCCAUUUCAUAUCUGAGCUGCUCAGGUGUUCAGAUUACCUUUUCAUAAUGGGAGGUAAAAAUUCAACAAUUUUGAAAGAAGAUAUGGAAGAUUAUAUUGAUCUGUCAUACUUAAAUAUGGGAGAAAUUAAAAUGAUUGAAAAGAUAUUUUAUGCAAUGGCAGAUGGGCAUAAAGUAAGUUUACAGCACAGGUUUCCUGCUUCUUUGAUAAAAGAUACAUUCCCUCAAAUACAGGCGAAUCCUUUUGCAGAUCGCAUAAUAGAAGUAUUUUCUUCUCAAAAUGACAACCAUUUGUCUUUUGAGGAUUUGCUGGACAUGUUUUCAGUACUCUCAGAAAACUGCCCUGACAGAGUUAAAGCACUGUGGAUCUUUAAAAUAUAUGACUUUGAUGGUGACACUUUCCUCAAGAAAUCAGAUCUUAUCAAUGUCAUAAGAAGAUUAACAGGUAUCAAUACUCUGGAAUUCAGAGAUUUGGAAACUGUAGCAAAUAAUGUUUUGAAGGAAGCAGACAUUUCUCAAAGUGGGGCACUUUCACCUAUGGAUUUUGUCCAUUUAGCACUGAAAUUGCCCGAAUUCUCCAGCUGCUUUACAGUUAGACUCUGAUAGAUAUCUGUAGCAUAUUUUGUGCAGGCAUUAAUAGCAAGAAGAAAAAUUAUAAAUGUGUCAUUGUUGUAUAAUAUGAGGAAAUAAUAAUAUGGGGCAAGAUCUGUAAUGAUAGCACCAGGGAUCAAAGUUAUAAGACAUGAACACAGUUCCAUUUGAAAAAUAAGUUAUUUAAUUUUUAAAUUAUGAUCAAUAUCUGCAGUUCUGUACAGCUCAGAAAUAUGGAUAUAUGUUUUAAUGGAUCAGUGUAUGCCAGUAAUAAGAUUUUGGGACCUGAAACAUGCUUCAUAAUCUCUCCACAUAACCUUGUAGAUCUAAUGUAUUAUCAGCAAGAGAGGAGAAGUAGAGGUCAGCUUGACAUAGAUCAGUUCAUGCAGUGUUUUCCAAUCAUCAGAUUGUGUGUUUAACUUUCCACAAUGGAACAGUCUACAUACAGCAAAGAUUUUUGUCAUCCCAGGAAAUUAUACCAGCUAUUAUUUCAAAUAACCUGUAAUUAGGAAGUGAAGAAGAAGUUAAUGAUUGAGAUUUAAACUCAAAGAAGUAAAACAAGAAUUACAUGAAUUAUCUUUAUUUCUUAAAAUUGGCAACCAGUAAAUAUUUUAUUAUACUCUAGAAGCAUAAGGUUACAUUAGCCAUUAUUUUGAAAUGUAUACAAAUGCAGUAUUUAUAGCCUAAAAAAAAAAAAAAAUCAGGACUACACUGGGACUAAAAACCGGUCCUCACAAUACAAAAUAGCCCCAUAUUUUUAUUUAAUAUUGUCAUGUGUGAACAAAAAUAUCUUAUUUGAAUGCUUGAGAAUAUUAUUUAAUAUUAUACAUUAAUCUAUAAAUCUGAAAAUGCUUAAAGGGAAAGAGAGAAAGAGAGAAAGAACGUAACUGAUUGUGUAAGACACAAUAGAUUUCAACUGUGUUAUUUUAACAUUAGAUUCUUUUUACUUUAGUCUUAUUUUCACUGUGUUAUGAUUAAUACUAUUUAGUUACUUUUUCUAUAAAUUAUUUAUGUAAGAAUAAUAGUAAUUUACUGCUGUAACAUUAUCACUCAAAUUUGCUGCUGAUGAGUAGUUACUAGACCCUUUUAUAAUUUGCUCUGAAUUGUAAUACAUAAUUGAUCAAUGCUACUUUCUUAUCAAAUAUCCAUUUAAUAUGUUGUCACUCUGGACAGCAUUUUAUUCAUGUUGAUGGGCAACAUUUUCACACCAAGCUUCACAUAUUUUCAGAAGUGUUGCUACUUCACUUGUGUCUAGAAAUAUUAUCAAAAGGAACUCAAAGAAAUUAAGAUAAACUGUUAUAUUAUAUAAACAAACUCCUUUUAUAAAUACAAACUUAUUUCUUGAAAUAUAAUUUCACUGAUUUAUGUAGUGAAGAAACUGUAGAUAAUUUCAGUGAUAAUAGUGUUAAAAGCACGAAAAUUAUUCAUAGGGUACGAAAUGAACAGUUUACCACAACUCACAUAUUGAGUUCAGUCUUGCUAGGCCUCUGAUGAUGACUCACUUGAGAUAAUACUAAGGGAGACAAGUUGACUACUUUAACAAUCGCAUUUUUAUUUCCUCUUUUAUACCAUACAUAAAAGCCAAAAAUAUGACACAGUUACACCAUAGACAUGGUCUUUAUCAAGUUCUCAGAGUGCACACAUCAUCAUACAGUCCCAUUUUGGAAUGGGAAAAAAUUUUGUAUCUCUGCCAAUGGUAGUUGUGAAUGAUAUACACACCAGAGGGACACAAAUACUAAUGGAACAGUAGACCCCUGUGUCCAAAGGUAAGCAAUUCUUUAUUAUGAAUAAGGGGAAAAACAGGAAUGGUUUUCAUUGUAAACCCUCAUUCUUGAAUAGUGUCAUAUAUUACUCUGUUAUGAAAGUAUCAUGAAGGAGGCUGUGAAACCUAUCUUCCAUGAAAUCUGAUGAGCAAGGAUAAUGGUUACAUCAAGAAAAGCAUGGGACAUUGAAAUGAAAUUGCUAAUUACUUUGCAACAACACAGUUCUGAAUGCCAGCUGCCACUGGACAUGUUGAAUGGGCAAAGCUUCCAUAUACACACACUAGUGAUGGCAGUACCUUUAACAAAUACAUAUGCAGUGGUUAUUGUGCUAGUACCUUAGUACAAUGCUUACCAGAAGAGGGAAUCUCAGUUUGAUGUCAAAAUACAUGAGGUGUGAAACUCUAGAAUUUUUUCUUUCAAAAUGUCCACCAGGAAAGACUUCAGUUCCAACCAACUUCACUCUCAGAUGAUAGUGAUGAAGGGGAGCAGACUUACUGAUUCCCAGUUUUUGUCUAUUCCCCACUGUAAUAUCCACAACAAGACUAGGAUACACCACAACAGCAACUGAUAAUUUAUUACUAAACUCAACUGUAUUUUAUGAAAUAGCUUUAAGCUCCAUAAAAAGUGGUUUGUAUGAUCAUGGUAGUCAAAUAGCACUCAUUCCCAUAAUUAUCAAUGUGAAUAGAGCAACACUAGUAGAAAUGCAUCAUUGUUA